GUGCAUCCGCGCACAUGUUGACGCUCGUAAAGUGCCGAGAGAAAGACCGAGCGGAGACAAACCGAUGAACUGCCGGGCGGAGGCUGGGCGCCCCGAUGCUGCUCCAGCGACCGACUGUGCUCUGACGGAUCUGCCUUUUUUAAGGUCCGGGUGGCGCCGCUUGCGCUCGUUUCUGGCAUCUGCUGGUUUAUUCUCACAUUACUGAGGCAAUGCAGUCCCAGGGCAGCACUUCCUCUCAGCCCUCCUUCGAUUCCCUGAGCUCCAGCGACAGCCUCCUGCUCAGCGACUCGGAUCAGGUGGAGGAUGACACCGAUGUCUUCCUGACUGACGGUUCAUCCUCGCGCGUGGCUGCGGCCAAUGGGGACAGGGGAUCAGAGAGCCCCGGGUCCCAGUGGACGUGCGACGGCUUCACCGAUAAGGAGGAAGAGGAGGGGUCAUACAGGUCGGAGGGCGCCGGCAGAGCGGCCGAUGUCGGCCUGAGUCAGGUGGCUCCUUCGAGCCAGACCCCGAAAUCACACGGAGAUCUGCUGUUCGCUCAAAAGUGUGCUGAGCUCCAGGGUUUCGUCAGGCCCCUGCUGGAGCUGCUAAAUGGACUGAAGAGGGGUCGGUUCGACCGGGGUCUGAGUAGCUUCCAGCAGAGCGUUGCCAUGGAUCGAAUCCAGAGGAUCGUGGGGGUUUUACAGAAACCCAACAGCGGGGAGAAGUACCUGAACACUCUGAUCAAGGUGGAGAUGAUGCUAAAGCUUUGGUUUCCUCAGAUCCCCACCCUGCCCGUCUCCGCAGCCCCCAGCAUCGCCACGUCGCCGGCCCGCUCCCUCCAAGAAACUUCCAGCUCCACCCCGCCACACAAGCACAGGGAUCAGCUACAUAUUCCCGUCAAGAAGCGCAGACUAAGCUGGACAGGUACGGACACACCCACGCCUUCCCCGGUGCUUCUCAGGUGCCCUCAUAUCAGAGGAGAAGAGAAGAGGGUGAAACAAGAUCAAGAUGAAAGGGAUGAACCUCCUCCUCCUCCUCCAACACUGGGAUCUGAUGCAAAUCAAAAUUCACCAGAUGUGGCCCUCGACAGCCAACUACCUGAGGACACAAAGGGAAAGGACAGUGACGGUGAGGAACUCGGCAAGCUGUCAAACUACAAAGCAGGUCAAAGCUCUGAGCCGAGCCUGACGUGGGUUCACGUUGCCCCCAUCCUGUCCCCGCGGAAGGCCUGCCCCUUGCACGAGGGCACAGCAGCGGCAGGUAACCAUGAAAACCAGCCUGUCGGUGCCGUCCUCCCACCCGGCAGGAGGGGCAACCCUGCUACCCAGGACUGCGUGGUCUCCUCCACCACAAAUGCCAAGCACCCCAAAAAUCUGAUGAAGGAAGCCCGCUGCCAAAUCCAGCCGCAGAGUGAGGGCGAGAGCGAGACCAUCGCCGCCUGUCAGGGUCAAAGCCAAUCUGCUCACGUCACACACAAGCCUUUGCCCAGGGUGUGCCCCAGCCCAUUAGAGACCUGAUGCAUUGAACACGAGCUGGCAGCCUGGUUCUGUUACACCAUCGAGCUAAACGCUGCUGCGAGAGGAAGAAUGGAAGAGGCUGAAGUCCUGUCAUUAUAGAUACAUUAGAGAAAGGAAGGGGAGGAAAGAAUUCUAGGUGCUUGGAUGUUGGAGACGAAUGAUGGAUGAAAUGCAGCCCCUCAUCAAAACAACAACUAGAACGGGACGUAAUGUAUUUCAAUAAAUCCAGUUGAUAAUCGCAAUCCCGUAAUCAUAAACACGUGCACUAUGGUGGUUGAGAUUGAGGGGCAUAGAAAAGAUAACCUAUUCCUUAAUGGCUAUUUACAGGUUAUUGAGUCAUGGCCAAUAGGAGUGAUUUUUGAAGAAUUUCGAUGAGCAGAAUGCGAGUUCCUCUUCAGAAUGAAAACGAUAAAUAAUAAUUUUAUAUUCAGAAAUGACUGUCUGAGCAGACAUCCAACGUGAGGAGCACGCUCGGUGACAGUGUUCAGGACGACAGCUUGUUCAGUUUGAUGAGGUAACUUUAGUUAGGAUUCAAUUGAGAGUGGGUGACACAAGGUGAGCUGAGUCUUACGGCAGGAGACACAAGGACUUUACAUUCACUUUGUAGAUAGAAUUGAGGCGUCUUGUGUUGCAGAAGAGAAAUGACAUCGCUAGUGAUGUGAAAUACAGUGUACAGAACGCAGCAUUAAACUGUACGUGCGGCGCAUUGGGAGUAAUUGGAGACAGUGUGUGUGUGUGGGGGGGGAUGAUGUCAUCAACUCACGAAUGUAAUCCAAGAACAGUUUGGGCGUUUGGCUGGCAUAUUCGGCAGCGAGGCAUUCAGAGGAGCGACAUCACAGUGAGCAGAGGUCACGCAACUUUUCUUGUCGCGCUGUGCCCGACUGCAAACUGAGCGAUAAUCAGGGUCGUUCAAAUCCACGCAAAAGACUUUUUCGGAAAAAUGAGGACCACUCAAGGACAUAUGACUCUGAAGUCCCACAGUUAAUUUAUUCAUGUGUUGAUCUGAUACUGUUUUUUAUUUAUUGUUUGUAUUUAUUUAUUGGGCAGCUGAAUAUCGCCUCCUGUGCACUUGCGCAGCUUGGUAUACGAUUUUUUUGAGGUGAUCGGGAAGAUCCUGUUUGUUUGUUUGUUUGUGGUUUUUAUUGCUAUCAUGACGUGAAAAGGAAAACAAACCCUGAAGAAAGUGAAAUCUCUCGACUGGACUAUUGGGACUACUGUGCCUUUUUACCAAAUAGGAUGUGUUCAGUAAAAAAAAAAAAAGCAUCUGGUGCUUUUUGUGAACUCAUGCUGUGUUUUGACUGUUUGCAUUUCACAAAACCAGUACAUAUUCAAUCAUGAACGCCUACUGUACAUGUAGUCAUGUUCAUCUGGCUUCGCCAGUUACACACACUGGCAUCAAAACCAACAGUAUCAUCAACUAUUUACAGCUUAAUAACCGGUGUCCAGCUCCAAUACAAUAACAACUACAGUCAAUCCAAACUGCCGACAUCCUCGGCUUCGAAACACACUCGCAGCAGCAGCUACUGCGGGUCAGGUGGUAAUGAGCCUUCCUUUGUUGGGAUUUUCUUUUGGUUCGGAUCAACAGAGGAACUGACUGACCUGCACUUAUAGCUGGUGCUCUUGAAAAACUGUUCUACUCUACUGCUGCUAUUGUUAUUCUAAUUCCCUACUUCUAAUUUCGAAAUUUCACGGGAGGCCUCUCUCCGUAUUUGGAAAUCUGCUCAUAAUAAACUUGUAAAUGUAUGAGGGGGGAUUGACCUAUAAUGGAAAAUAUGAAUAAAUAUUUAGACUAAUGUAUUUUUAAAUAAAAAGUAUGACUUAUAUUCUAUUAAAAAAACUAGAGAGAGGUGGGUACCCCAUGUACCAGGCCUCCUCCAAAAAAGUCAACACAGAGCUCCUGGCAGCCUCCAUGUUUGCCGUUUGUACGUGGAGUUCAGGAGAGAACAAACCCUCGGUCACAGACACCGAGUCGGACCGUCCCGCCCCGUUCUGUCUCCAGAAGUGAGACGGCGCGAUGCAUCAGACACCGACUCUCGAUUAAAGGCUGCGGGUGUCUUCCACCCAACUCCUGCAUUUUUUUUAUACGGUCAUGGUGUGACAGACAAACCAAUUGCACUUAUUUUAUCAUUGUUUGUUUCCUUUAUUUUUUUUCAUGUAAUGUUUUCAACUGCUGCGGGCCACUGCUGACUGGUCAGAGAUAAUGUCUUGUUUAUUUUAGCUGCCUUCUUCUUCUUCUUCUUCUUCUUACAAACGCUGACUGUAGUUUCCCCCCUCGCCUCCCCACCCCCACCCUGCUGCAAUCGUCUGCUCUUGCCCUCUCUCCUUCAUCCCCCCUCAAUCUUUUCUUUCUGGAUCUAAACUGUCUUCCUCUCACCCCAUCUUUACUCGAUAUUAUUCUUCUGGCUACUUUUUCAACAAUGAUACAAAAGGACAAAAAAAAAAUCUUUUAAUAAAUUUCACAUUUUUUGAACGCC